GUUACUGUUUACAUUAAUGGCGGCGCCCUUAUAGUUUUUUUAGUGUCGAACUUAAUUUCUUGAAAACACAUAUAUUUAUUUUCGUGUUUAAAUUUGAAAGAUAUGGCUGACGAUGAUGGUGGAAAGUUUAAAGUAAGAAACAAAAAGAAAAUAACAGAGCGGGACUUGAAAAAGAUGGCCCCACAACAGAGAAGCAAGUACAUGGCUUAUGAAGACCCACCAAAGGAAAUUGUUGAAAACCAAAUUAAUGCAGCCAAACGUUUAAUUGAGCAAAAGAAGCAAUACCAAAAAGAUAAUGCUCCACCAUCAGAUGAACAAAUUGUUGAGAGGGAAAAGCAUGAAAAACUUAUUGGUCAGCUGAAAGCUGCAGAGGCUAGAAACAGAUUAAGAAUUAUGCGUCUGCGUUACCAGUCCAGCAGAGCGCAGGAGAUUGGUCACCUGAUUGCCUGCCAGCCGACGGCCUUGAAAGCGGUGAGGCUUCAGGCACUUGUCCCCUCAUACCCUAACGAGAAGGACCGCGGAGAUUCCCUCGAAAAACUUGAUCGUGAGAGAAUUGAAGCCCUUCUAGAAGACAAUAAAGGCUUGCUUAUCAACAGAAUCAACUGAUGGUACCCACAUACCCCAACCACUCCUAGUCUCUAUGUUUUUAUUAGCUCUUCACACAAGAAACCAUAUUUCUGAUACUUUAUUUUUGAAGUCACGGAUGGUAACAAAAAAGCUUCAAUUUCGUUAGAUCUAUAACAUGUACCAGUAUAUGUAUAUUGCUUAAAUAUCAUAAAGACUAUGUAAAUUUACCUCAAUAAGAUUUUAAGGUAAUUAAUUAACUGUCAAACUAUGAUGCUAAAUUAUGGGUACCAUUUACAUAUUAUGAUGUACUUAAAAGUAACAUUUCAUGCAUUGAUUUUGAAAGUUCAUAUUCGUCAUUUUUUAGCGCUGGAAUAUUAGAUAAAACUUUACUGCCAUUACAUUGCAUUUAUAUUCACAUGACUAUCAUAACUUGUUACAUAUUUUCACCAUAUUUUUUGCUUUUAUUUACAUAAUUUAUUUGUUCAUUUUAUGUUAAAUUGCAUUCAACAAUGAUUGAUUUGUUUGUCUCUUAAAUACAUAAACAUCAGAACAAUUCAACUGAAUUUGUGAGCUUCUGGAACUUGUCUUGAACUGAGGAACCCAAAAGUGUAACAAUUAUUCACUUGUUUGACAUGAAGGUAUUCAACCCAUAAUGCUUUAUUAACAUAUUAUACUUUGUACCCCCAUUUUUACUGCACUUCUUUUUUUGGUCUUUUAAUAUUGAAAAAUAGGUUUGUCACAUGCUCUUGUGUCUAAUAUAAAGUACAAAAUUAGUUUCCUGCGAUGUAUUUUGUGACAGUAUUUGACAUGCUGUGAAAUCAUUUAUAUUUGUGGGCUUGAAAUUUCAUGGUUUUUCGAAAAAGGUCAAUUUCAUGGGUACAUGUUAGUGGAUUUUCAUUGUUGGAGAAAUAAAAAUCACAACUGCUGUCCUAAAUCUUUUGCAAAAUCACAACGCACCGAUAAUUAUAAAUAUUCUCGAUCAGCCAGAAAAAUCCUAUUGAUUUACACCAAUAUUAAGUGGGGGUCACAGGCAUCUCAUUUUAAGACUAGGGUUACUGGAAACAUUUAGUUACUAGCUUAUUGUUGGGUUAGAUACCUCAAAUUGAAUUAACAGCAGCUGCUUUAAUAAAGAUAUAUUUACAUGGGAGGAAAAUGUAUGGGAUAUAUUUUCAUUCAUUUCUCUGACAGGGUCUCAAGACCUGUCGGGCAUGUGCAAAUGCAGGCCCUUGUGCAGUUGUUUGUUGUUGUUGUGGUAUUAUAGAUGAUUCUGUAAUAAGACUGGAAGACAUUUCUAUUACAAAUGUUGUUAUAUUAACAGUUUUGUAUAUAUUGAAACAAUUUUAUGAUUAACGAAAGAAGUCUGUGUUUGGUAAGCAUCUGUUUUGAAGAAUAUAUUUUUUGUUUUAUUUUGUUGGUAUUUCUACUAUGCAUACAAGUAAUUAAUGUCUUUAUUAAUUGUUAUGUCACUGUAGUUUGUUUUUAAAUUGUAUUUAUGUAUUGCAAAAAAAAUAAAAAUAAACUACCAAUAUUUAA